AUGGACACAGGCAAAGGAUUAAAAAUUAAAAUGUUUGGCAUGAUUUAUGUUAUUUCUGUCGCUAAAGGAAGGCCUAUUGAUUGUAAUGAUAUUCCUGUCAAAUGUCCAAGUGGAGUAUAUAAGGUGUUUCCAAAUCAAACACAAGGAUUUGAUGUUUAUUGUGAAAUGAAUUUAGACGAAGGACACUGGACGGUUUUUCAAAGAAGAGAAAAUGGCUAUGUUGACUUUGACCGCGGAUGGAAUGAGUACAAAUUAGGAUUUGGGAACCCUAAGCAUGAGUUUUGGCUCGGCAACGAAAAUUUGCACUCUCUAACAUCACAACACAACUAUGAAAUGAGGAUCGAUUUAAUCGAUUUCGAUGGAAACACGGCAUUUGCAAAAUAUGAAGUUUUUGCAAUUGGAGAUGAAAGUUCGAAGUUCAAACUAACCGCUAUUGGAUAUCAUGGUACUGCAGGUAACAGCUUGGAACAUCACAACGGCCAUGGUUUCUCUACAAAGGAUAGCGAUAACGAUAACCACUCUAGUCACUGUGCUACAAUGUAUCCCGGAGCCUGGUGGUUUAAUACAUGUGUAACAUCUGAUCUGAAUGGUCAGUAUUUUCUAAAGACACCGGACUCCCCCCAUUGGGGCGUUUACUGGCGUGCUUGGAAAGGAUCAAACUAUUCUUUGAAAGGCUCAUUGAUGAUGAUGCGUAGAGUGUCAAUUUAG